UGAAUUUGAAAGUGCAUUGAUGCCUUAUAAUUAGAGCAAGCUGUGGUUCAUAUCAGAUCAAAAUUAAGAGAUAUUUAGAGGGAGAGAGAAAGAUGCAUUCUGCAAAGGAGAAACUCAGCAACAUGGCAAGUGCUGCCAAGGAACACGUAAACAUCUGUACAGCCAAAGUUGAAGAAAAGGCGGAGAAAGCGGCGGCCAGAACUGAGGAGGAGAAAAAGAUAGCGGUGGAGAGCAGAAAAGCCAAGGAGGCUGAAGCCAAAAUGGAGCUGCACCAGGCUAAAGCCAGGCACGCGGCCGAGGCGGCCAGGUAUCAUCAUCACGGCCACCUACAGCCACCACCGGCUGGCACAGCUUAUGUUCAGAAUCAGCCUGUGGUUGGAGGUACAUAUGGACAGCAGCCCCUUGGAACUGCUGCUCCUAUGGCUGGAGCAACCGCUCCAACUUACCCGCUAGGAGGGCACCCUCCCGGGCGCAAGUAUAUGUAGAUGGACCAUGUUCAUGAUUUCCAGUAGUUUUGGUGUGGGUUUUUCUUUUCUGUUCUUUUCUUCUUCUUGAAGUGGUCGGUUAAUUUGCAUGCCCUGAUCUCUUCAUCGAUUGAUUUUGAGUCCUGUAUGAGGAGCUUUGGGUUUUAAGUUGAUCAAAGCGGUUAAUAUGAAUGCUUUAAAUUAAAACAA